UCAGCAUUAAGCAGGUGAGCGCUAGUUCAGUACGCGACCAGGCGGUGUGAGCAACAGUUUUCUCAAAUGAAGCCGCACUUUGUUGGAAACAUGCCGACGAACAACAACCAGAAGGUGCAGAGUGCAGCUGCCAGACUGGCCAAGCUGCCCGUGGUUCGCUCGGCUUGCACCACGCUUUCAGUCUUGUACAUUAACACUAAAUGCAGCCACCCGAGUCUGAGGUCUGUGUGUGAAGUGCUGGAGAGCAGCGUGACAGCCGUAGUUUCUCCUGUGGUUGUUAAGCUGGAGCCUCAGAUUUCCAUUGUAAAUGACGUUGCAUGUAGAAGUCUUGACUGGCUGGAGAGUGCAUUCCCAGUAAUUCACACACCAACGGAGCAGAUCGUGGCCACUGCCAAGAACAAGAUGCAUGAAAUCCAGGAUGUGGUGAGCAUCGCAGCUUACGGUACUAUGGACCGUGUGGAGCACACGGUCGCAUGGGUGAUGGGCGGCAUACAGCUGGCUGAUGACCAGGCUGGCCAGUCACUUGUGGAGAGAGCCAUCGCUGUGGCCAGUGUGGGGCUGGACUCCGCUCUGAUCGCCUCCGAGGCUCUGAUGGACCGAGGGCUUCCUGCCACCGAGGAAGAUAAAGACGAAGAAGCACAUUUGGUCCAGGGUUUUGAGGCGGCCACACUCGGGAGACGAUACCCUGUGCGACUGGUUUCACUCGCCGCCAAGCUGUGUAGGAGGAUGUACCACAUGGCCGGCUCCAAGAUGCAGUCUGUUCAGGUCAGGGUGAAAUUGUCCAGGUCUAUAGGUCGGGUUCAGGACCUUCAGACCAGCUGGCUGACCUUAUCCUGGAGUGCCCAGGUGCUGCCUCAGUUCUUGCAGCAUCAGCUCGUGUCUGUGUGCUUCUUCAUUUCCCAGAUGUACAACCUCAGCUGCCCUAAACCCCACCGCCACAGGUUUUAUCAGGAUCGAAGGUUCCUCAAUGCUGCAGAGAGCUGCUCGACUCAGAAGGCCGUGGUCCAGGUUCACCCACAAGCCAAGUGUUCCUACAUGAGGCGGGUAACCAAGACGCCUGUGUUUGAAAAUGGGUGUGAUGUUAAAAGAUGUGAUCUGUGAUUUAUAAUGCAACUAUUUGGGUAUGUGUGCUAAAUUCGGUUGCUCCCAGACAGGUGCAACCACUUAUUAAAGUUGAACA